CAAACAGUUUCAACGUAGCCGAGAAAGAAAGGGUUAACCUUCGUCUUUAAAUAUUCAUAUCGUUGUUUUAAAGGUGUAAACAUGCGGCUUUCUGGGUUGGAGUUGACUGCCUCUUCUGAUGCAGAUUGAACCCCCCCGUUAAUUACUCAUUUCCCCCGAGCACUCCGCCCUUUCUCAUCCCCUCCAAAAAUGUACGGGUUUAUCUUUUUAAGGUUCGGAUGUGAGUGUGUGUGUGAUUUGGGUUUCUCGUUCCUUUUGGAAUUUUAAAACUCCUGUGUGCCUUCUGGACUUAGGGUCUCUCAAACUUUUUUCCCCCUUAAAAAUUUGGAAAGAUGUAAAUUAUGUCUAAAAGGAAGUUAAUCCCCCAAAUGCCAAAUUCCUCUCCCCGCCUUUUUUUUUUUUGUUGUUUUUUUGGAUAGGGGUGCAGGUAGGAAAAUAACUGGAUGCCUCGUGAGUUGGAUUUUUUUUUUUUCCUGGUAUGAGUGAGGUGGUGUUAAAUGCGAGGCAUUUUGUGAGGAAAGGACUUGUUUUUGAUCCAGACACUUCCAAGUUGAAGUGGUGGUAAACUUUUCCUAACUCUAAAAUGGCUUCAAAGUUCCCAUGUCGGUAAACUGGCUCUGCCCGCCUGCCGCCUUCGUUUUGGACAGGUUGUUCAUGAAUGUUGGAAGGUUUAUUCCUGUACAAUUGUAGGUUUCAAACUGAAAUCCUUGCUCAUCCCAAACGUGUUUUUGUAAAGUCGGUUUGGAUUACUGCCCAAACUCGGGCUUUGUGAGAUUUAUUUUCAACUGGCGAUGUGCUUCCCAGGGAUCGAAAACUAUAAAUGGGAAUUAUGUUCUUAAUCAUAAAUUUUAGAGGGGAAACCAACCCUAAAACUUGGGGCGUAUGUAAUUCUAUGCCCAAUAAAGUAUCACUCGUCCGGUUUGUAAACCCUAGGAGCACAUGUAAGUUUUUGGUUUAGCCCCAAAGGCCUCAAACUUAGAAGAGCUUGUUGCAGAAACUUCCAGUGGUACCAAGUAUCAUAAAUGUUAGUGAUUUAGUAGGGUUUAAUUUAUCGUUUUAGUUCUGCAAUGAAAUGGUAAUGAGCAGUAGCAUGUUUUGUCAGCGAUGUGUUUGUACUAGUUUGCUGGGUGGGAUGUUUGCUUUCGAGGAAAUAGCACUGCAUUAAAACAUCAGAGAACUUUCCACUGCUCUCUUUGAAGAAAAUGAUCCUUGUGGUGUUAAACAGCCAUCCCAGUUUGCAAGUUGUGUUCUGUAGUGAGGCCUCCUAUUAGUUUUGGAUCGUGUUGUGUACUUUUGGCUCGGAGUGAAAACGUGUUUUUCUAAAAUGAGACUUAGCAUCAUGAAGAAUUUCAUCAAACGCAUUUCCAUCCACAUCCAUUUCCCGCAGAGUUUCUAUGAGACGUUUUAUUUGUGACAUUGCAAAGGUUUUCCAGAAAAGUCGCUUUAGCCAGAAUGUUUAAUUUCUGAACUGAAGUGCGUCUAGGUUGACAGGUGAAGUGACAAGAGGUGUUCUCACGGUGCUGCCUGCUAGAACCUUUGGGGCUUAGUGUUCAAAAUGGUGCUGUGUCACGGAAGCCUGCGGGCCCAUAGUUCCUUCUUCAGAGGAGGUCUUCCUCGCUGCCCCUCAGAGCCACAGUUAUAACACAGACGUCAGAUCUUCCUCCGUAGAAGAUGUCUGUGAUGGUGUUGUCACUUUAUCAAAUGACUUGCCCUGACUUAUGCAUCUCUGUGGCGAACUGUUGUGGCCCCAAAUCACUUUCCCUGUGGUGUUGGUGAUUUUAGGCCUUUUGACAUUUAUUUUUCACUAUGGUGUGUUCCCUUGAUUCUUGGCAAGUACUGGUGAGAAUUCUUUAAAUGGUGUCUUUGUGUCUUGGGGCUACCUAGGUGGAUCUGUCAAGAAACCAGCCGGCUAGGAGAGGGAGGGGAGGAGCCCGGCUGUGAGACGUGUGGGCCCAAGAACCAUGUCUACGCGGGAGUCCUUUAACCCGGAAAGUUAUGAAUUGGACAAGAGCUUCCGGCUAACCAGAUUCACUGAACUGAAGGGCACUGGCUGCAAGGUGCCCCAAGAUGUCCUGCAGAAAUUGCUGGAGUCCUUACAGGAGAACCACUUCCAAGAAGAUGAACAGUUUCUGGGAGCAGUCAUGCCAAGGCUCGGCAUUGGAAUGGAUACUUGUGUCAUUCCUUUGAGGCAUGGCGGUCUUUCCUUGGUUCAAACCACGGAUUACAUUUACCCCAUCGUCGAUGACCCUUACAUGAUGGGCAGGAUAGCAUGUGCCAAUGUCCUCAGUGACCUCUACGCCAUGGGGGUCACAGAAUGUGACAAUAUGCUGAUGCUCCUUGGAGUCAGUAAUAAAAUGACCGACAGGGAAAGGGAUAAAGUGAUGCCCCUAAUUAUACAGGGUUUUAAAGAUGCAGCAGAGGAGGCAGGCACGUCUGUAACAGGAGGCCAAACAGUGUUAAACCCCUGGAUUGUUUUGGGAGGAGUGGCUACGACUGUCUGCCAGCCCAAUGAGUUUAUCAUGCCAGAUAAUGCAGUGCCAGGGGAUGUGCUGGUGCUGACGAAGCCCCUGGGGACACAAGUGGCCGUGGCCGUGCACCAGUGGCUGGAUAUUCCUGAAAAGUGGAACAAAAUUAAACUCGUGGUCACCCAAGAAGAUGUGGAGUUGGCGUACCAGGAGGCGAUGAUGAACAUGGCGAGGCUCAACAGAACAGCUGCAGGACUCAUGCACACAUUCAAUGCCCACGCCGCCACGGACAUCACGGGCUUUGGAAUUUUGGGCCACGCUCAGAACCUGGCCAAGCAACAGAGGAACGAGGUGUCCUUUGUGAUUCACAACCUUCCUGUCCUGGCCAAGAUGGCUGCUGUGAGCAAGGCCUGUGGAAACAUGUUUGGCCUCAUGCACGGGACCUGCCCGGAGACAUCAGGAGGCCUUCUAAUCUGUUUACCACGUGAGCAAGCAGCUCGGUUCUGUGCAGAGAUAAAGUCCCCCAAAUAUGGUGAAGGUCACCAAGCCUGGAUUAUUGGGAUCGUAGAGAAGGGCAACCGGACGGCCAGGAUCAUAGACAAACCCCGGAUCAUCGAAGUCGCCCCACAAGUGGCCACUCAGAGUGUGAAUCCCACACCCGGGGCCACCUCAUAAUCUAGAAUGAAAGAGCCAUUUGGUUUUGUUUCUAAAUUGAUCUAGUUCCUUUAUCAUCAUUUCAAUUAAAGACUAUAAACAACAACAACAAUCUCAUUGUGUCUACACAUCUGGUGACCUUAGGUCAGUUUGUGAAUGGAUGCAAUUAAUAAAAUAAAUCCAUUGCCUUUUUUUCCUGUUACAUUAACUGAAGAUGCACCUAAUCCUGAGGCAGCUUCUGAGUUGAGAAUUAUAUUGUUAUCCAAUACUGUUGAUUCAUUUUGAAUCUUUAGACACUUAUCUCUUGCCGCAUAGGCUCUUUUUAAAGGUGCUUCCACAUCGCACAGACAUUACCAGUCUUAGUGUCAAGUAGCAGUUGGUGUCUUUUCAUUUUAUGGAUAUUUAUCAUUAUCAGUCUCAUCUUUUUUAAGUGUCUUGAGUGGUAAUCUGGAAAGACAGAAUUGCUAAGUGACAGAAUGGUAUCCCAGUAGUAAGAGGGUUGCAUGAUUCCUUCAAGUCUUUGAUUUGUAAAGCCUCAUCUUCUGUUUCAGAGCAUCUCUUUGACCCAGGACCUUUCCCAAUAGUGCAUUCAGUUAAACAAGGCAAGUGCUUAACUCUGCAUGGAAAGCACUUUGAAGACAAAAAAGAAAUUUUAUUUCAUUUUUUGUAACCUUCCUAAUAUUUACAGUAAUAUCGUUAAGUAUUUUCUUUAGGGAGAGCCAAAAAGGAUACUUCCUGCAAUGGAGUGAGAUGCUCUAUAGUGCAACAAGGAAUUGCCUCCAAAAGGGGAUUCAUGUAUAAUACUCUUCUGCAAUUCCGUAUAUAAUUAACUACACAAAUAAUUUUUAAAUAUAAUCAAUAAUAAAGACUUCUGUGGACGAUAGUGUUUAAUACAUUUUAUAUGUUGUAUAGUGAUUUCAGGCCUUUUGUUUUCUUGAAAUAAUCAGCUAUUUAGCAUGAUUCUGAGCAUUAUCCUGUCCUUUGCACCAGUACCUUUUUGUGCACGCUUUUUGUGGUCUGUUAAAAGUCUGCAGUGCCAACAUUAUAGCAGCUCGAACUUAAAACUUGUUCAAAUAAAUAUUUAAUUUUUUUUAUUGCUCUUGUAUAAUCAGAUGCCCCUUUUAGUAUUAUUUUAGAAUCAUUGGGAGGGUUUUGGCUAAUGUACAAUUUAUUGGGGAAAACUAGAUUUUAGUUUUAUAAAACUUUUAAGUCUUUCAUGGGACCUAUAUUUUCUUGGAUUAAAUUUUGUAGUUCUAGACCAAAUAGGUGAUCUACAAAGGUGUUUAUCUGUGUUACUUACAAAGAGAGGCUUCCUUAUAUUUAACUGACUAAAUGAUGAGAAGGGUUCCUGACAUGAAGCACAAGGGCACUGACCCCCCAUGUUUCUGCAUAAGAGGAAAAGUGCCCCAUCACUGCAGGUUUCCGAAUGCUUCCUGCUCACAGGCACCAAAGCCCUGUGAACCCAUCAACUUCUUGCCAAAGGAAACCACCACUCCGGAGAAGAAGCCCCUGGAAGAGGCUUUUCCGUGGAUCUGUCCUCCUUCAGGAGCCAGGGUGCAGCCUUUUCACAUGGGUCACUGGAACUCAAGCCAUAAGUACGUUGGCAGUACCUGAGAGGUGGCUACAGAACUGAAAUUAAUGGACAUUUUAUAGGGAUUUACACUGAUGUCAGUCCGCAAAAGCCACAAACCAGUGGUCUGCAAAAUAAAAUGUUGGAAACCUCUGAGUAAGAUGAA